AUGGCCACAGUGGUACCUCCCCCAAGUAAGCGGCAGAAGAUAAUCGCCGCCGAAAAAGCAGAAAAGGCGCUUGAAGAUGCCAGGAUACCGGACGACCUAGGAAGUGUGAGGGUGCAAUUUGUCGACCAGAGCACGGGGAAGUCGACAGGGCCAGUGGUUGCUGUGCCUAUCAAGGAUGCGACUGUCCGGAAUCUCGAGACACUUCUGAAUACGAUACAGGGAAAUGAACCUGGAGAGCGUCUUCCCUACAGAUUCUUCUUCCGCAACGAUCGAUCUACAAUAUCAGAAUUCGAGCUCCUCGAUGUGCAGACCGAUCUGUACAAUUCAGUCCUGCGACCCGGAUUCAAAACCACCGAAGAUAAUAUCGUUCUCCAGUUCAUUCCUCAAGCCGUCUUCCGCGUGCGUGCAGUGUCAAGAUGUUCUGCGUCAAUAUCUGGACACGGCGAAGCUAUACUCGCAACAGCCUUUUCUCCAGAGUCAUCUGCCAGAAUGGCCACAGGAAGUGGAGACAAUACGGCACGGAUAUGGGACUGCGACACGGGGACACCGCUACACACUUUGAAAGGACAUACGAGUUGGGUCUUGGCCGUGUCGUGGUCUCCCGACGGCAAGAUUCUCGCAACCGGCAGCAUGGAUAAUACAAUACGGCUUUGGGACCCGAAGACCGGAGAGGCGUUAGGGGGCCCGCUGAAGGGCCAUACGAAAUGGAUUACAAGUCUUGCUUGGGAGCCUUAUCAUACCCAGGCGCCAGGAAAGCCUCGACUAGCAUCGGCCUCCAAGGACGGCACAGUCAGGAUAUGGGAUGUUGUGCUUCGACGCAUUGAUCAGAGCCUUUCGGGACAUAAGAGCUCAGUCACCUGUGUGCGAUGGGGCGGACUUAAUCGAAUGUUUACCUCGUCGCAGGACAAGACGAUUAAAAUCUGGAACACGAAAACCUGGAACUGCCUUCACACCUUGUCCUCGCACACGCACUGGGUGAACCAUCUGGCUCUGUCUACAGAUUUUGUGCUGCGUACAGCCUACCAUGAUCACACAGGCAAAGUUCCAGACACAGUUGAGGAGCGGAUCAAGAAAGCAAAAUCCAGAUUCCAAGAGGCCGCCACGCAGGAAGGGAGGUUGGUUGAGAAGCUCAUAUCCGCUUCGGACGAUAACACAAUCUUCCUGUGGGAUCCCUCAGCCAUUCCUGCCGACUCGAACGCGGCUGUGAAACCCAUCGCGCGACUACUCGGGCAUCAGAAACAGGUCUUGCAUGUUUCGUUUUCCCCGGACGGUCUGUACAUCGCUUCGGCAUCCUUCGACAACAGCGUGAAGCUCUGGAACGCUCGCGAUGGGAAGUUCAUCACUACCCUGCGUGGGCAUGUCGGUGCUGUGUAUAUGGUUGCAUGGUCCAGCGAUUCCCGGCUUCUUGCUAGCGCUUCAAAGGAUACGACUGUGAAAGUAUGGGAUGUCAAGACUGGCAAACUAAAAGAGGACUUACCAGGCCACAAGGACGAGGUCUUUGCCUUGGAUUGGAGUCAAGAUGGGAAAUGUGUGGCUAGUGGCGGCAAAGACAAGCAGGUGAAACUUUGGAAGCAUUGA